AUGUCGUUGAUUUUGACCGUCCUUCCGGAUGUUAAACCAGAUGCAAAUGCUGUGACGAUCUUGAAUGUUCGAGCGUAUGUUAUAGCAUCGAAAAAAGCUGAAGAAGAAGGCGGUGGUUUCGCUGAUUGUCAUUCUCAAGCUGAAGGUCACUGGAUUCUUGGAACAGACCAAUGGCCUAUCGCGAAUCCCAUGUCAUUCUAUGAAAAAUACAAAGCUCGUCGAUCUACGUGGGGCAUCGAUGCACUCGGUUCGGUUAUUGUUGAAAUUGAAUUAACAAACGGAAUGACUGGCGUAGGUGUGUCAAUCGGGGGUGAACCUGCGUGCUUUCUCAUCGAAAAUCAUUUUAGUCGAUUUCUCGAAGGACAAGACCCGUUAAACAUCGAAUUUCUAUGGGAUGUUAUGUGGCGUUCGUCGAUGAACUAUGGUCGAAAAGGUUUAACUGUUCAGGCAAUAUCAGCAAUUGAUCUGGCACUUUGGGACUGUGCUGGAAAAUUGCGUAACGAACCUGUGUAUAAACUAUUGGGAGGCAAAACCAAAGGAAGUUUGCCUUGCUAUGCGACGUGUUAUGAUCCGUUAGCAGCAAAAAAUUUAGGAUUCAAAGGUGCGAAAUUUCCGUUACCAUUUGGACCAGCUGACGGAGACGAAGGAAUGAGAAAAAACAUUCAACGUGUAAAAGAGAUUCGGGAAGCUGUUGGACCUGAUUUUCCACUAAUGAUCGAUUGCUACAUGGCGCUAACAGUUGGUUAUACAUUAAAAUUGCUUGAAUUGAUCAAACCAUACAAUAUCAAAUGGGUCGAAGAACAUUUACCACCAGAUCAGUACGCCGGCUAUACCGAAGUGAAGAAACGUAAUCCAUCAACUGCUUUAUUAACUUGCGGUGAACACGAAUACACAAGAUGGGGUUUCAAGUUAUUACUCGACCAAGAAUGUGCCGAUCUCCUUCAACCGGAUGUAACUUGGUGCGGUGGGAUUACCGAAGCUCGUCGUAUUGUUGCUCUGGCGUCUGCCUAUGACAUUCCCAUUAUUCCGCAUGGUUCAUCGAUUUACUCCUACCAUCUACAAUAUGCAUUUCCUAAUUUGCCUAUGAGUGAAUUCAUUCUACUUGCAGCCGAUGGUGCCAGUAUUUCGCCGUAUUUUGGGCAACUUUUCGAUGAUGAACCAUUGCCGAAAAAUGGAUGGGUUGAUUUAGAUCCAAACAAACCGGGCUUUGGUGUAACAUUGAAAAAAACGCACCUUCGACGGCCCUAUCCGAGAGCCGAUAAGUCAAACGAAUAG